CAUGGGCUUAGGCAGUCCUGUGCGGAGGGCCCUCCUCUUCCUCCUGGAUGUCGGAAGCGCUCAAGUGCUGGAGACAGGCAAGGCUGCUGGAACUGACAUUGACUUCAAGUACGCCAUCAUCGGGGCGGCCGUGGGCGUGGCCAUCUCCGCCGGCUUCCUGGCCCUGAAGAUCUGCGUGAUCAGGAAGCACUUGCUGGAUAACGAGUCUUCAGACCUGAGAAGCACUGCUGUGGGCCUCAGCGACAGCACGGCACGGAAGAAGAGGAUGCCAAGAGACGCACAGGUGAUUGAGCUGUGA